GCAGAAUACGAUAAGGAACGCUGCGAUUAUCGGCAGGCAUCCCGAGGUAGUCGUGUACUAUUAAAGCAUAGGUUCACUGCCCCUGGCGUGGGCUAAGAUGUACAUUUCUCUCGCAUUAGUCGCGUACACUGGUCAUCUCGAACCGCGAAGUAUAUUACCUCAAGACUAGUGCUUCAACCAGAAAGAUCCACAAUGGCUGCUCCGCGUCGUCCCCCUCCAGCUUAUACAGCUCCUGCUGAUUCUGGAGUCCAUGCUACCUCAAAGCUGUACCGAAACAUCUCGGAAACAGCUUCCGAGUCCUCCAAGCGAACUCUAGAGUCAUCAUUCACUAUUCGUCCAUGCUCGGGCCAAGCUUGGGUAGUACCAGCUGGGCACAUCUGCCGUCUCACAACGCCCAAGGGACCUCAAGUGGGGGAUCUUAACAUCUGGAAUGCGAAUAAUCCGCGCGAAAGACUCUGGGCAGCGCGCACUCGUCAGAUCCACGCCUCCCAUGUCUCGGUUGGUGACCGCCUGUGGUCGAACCUGCCAUACUUGCGCCCUCUAAUUACCAUUACAGGUGAUUCGCUAGCAGGUGGGCAACUUCACGAAGUUUUGGAUGAGGAUGGCAAGCAUAAAGAAGGAAAGGGCUUCGGCACAACGCAGUUCGGAGGGCGCGUGCACGACCUUCUUGGUACCCGUUGUGACCCUUAUGUGAAUCUGGUUAUGGGUGGGGAAAGCUUCGACUUCCACUGCCAUUCCAACCUGACCCGUGCGGUUGUUCCGUACGGCUUAACAGAGCUCGACGUGCAUGACGUACUCAAUGUCUUCCAAGUGACGGGACUCGAUGAGGAAGGAAAGUACUUUAUGGAAACAUCGCCUGCAAAGCCGGGAGAGUACUUUGAGUUCUUCGCCGAAGUUGAUGUGCUUUGUGCGCUGUCGGCAUGUCCUGGAGGUGAUCUGUCAAACUGGGGCUGGGAGGAGAAGGCCGAUAUGGGGGAUACUACACGUCCCCUGGGUGUUGAGGUGUAUAAGUUGACGGAUUCCAAGGUGCUUGAUGACUGGAAAGAGCCUCAAAGCCCCAAGUAUGCUGGUAUGCACGGUAUGAAAAUGCCACAGAGGGCAGAUGACGGAUCUGGUUAUGUUGGGCUAUAAAUGUUGGAGAGGAUAUACAAUAUGAUGUAAAAUAUACAAUAAACGACCAGAGUGUUCGCAUACUACGUCGAACCGAAUAGCUAUUCAAC